AUAUGAUUACGAUUUGAAUCAUUAAUAAUUGAUUAGUAUUUCAUAAAAUGUAAUUGAAUUGAAAAACACUAUUGACUUGAUUGGUGUCUUGAGUGGAAGUGUUGGAAGUGAUGGUCCAUUACAUGAAUAUUUAGUUAUUUUGUAUAUAAUGUUAUCAUUUGUUAGACUUUUGUUGAAUUGAUUUAUAAACAAAUCACAUAUUUUUUGUCAAAACAUUUUGUCAUUAAUUGUAUAGAAAAUUGUAUUUAUUUUUUGAUCGAAAACUACUAUUAUUUUUGGCACAAAACCUAUUAUCAAAUCGUGGAGAAAAUGUCGGCCAUGUCUUCGUCGCCAUACAGAGCGCAGUUCAAUACCGGGGGUCCGCCCCAUACGGGAGGCCCGCCUCAGCCCUCGCCCUACCAUAAGUACCAGAAGUCGUCGACCAGUUUCUAUGUGUUCCAACCGCGACCACCCGUUCCCGCCGUAUAUCAGGCCACGGAGUUUGACGGCAAACGUCUUCGCAAAGCCAUCGCCAGAAAGACUGUCGACUAUAACUCAUCCGUCACUAAAAUGCUUGAGUCCCGCGUCUGGCAGAGAGACCACAGGGACUGCCCAGCGCUUCAUCCGGACGUCGGAUACUAUACUGAGAUGGUCCCGCCGUUGAAUAUGUUGGACAAUCCGUCCAAUUGUAUUACAACCAAAUUUGUGCGGACGUCCACUAAUAAGAUGCGUUGCCCUAUAUUUUGUGUCCUUUGGACGCCCGAAGGCCGACGUUUGGUGACCGGAGCGUCGAGUGGAGAGUUCACGCUCUGGAAUGGACUCACAUUCAACUUCGAGACUAUUCUUCAAGCUCACGACAGCGCCGUACGAGUGAUGACAUGGAGUCGUUCGGACCACUGGAUGGUGACGGCGGACCAAACGGGUUAUGUCAAGUACUGGCAAAGCAAUAUGAAUAACGUGAAGAUGUUUCAGGCACACAAAGAGCCCGUGCGAGCCAUCAGGUGCGCCCCCACCCACACCCCCACCACCGGUGAUGUAUUUUUUCUGUCCGACGGACUCGAAACUGGCCACGUGUUCAGACGACGGCACGAUUAGGAUCUGGG